AGGUAGAAUGGUAGCAGAUGACGGGUGCAACCGACUCGUGUUUUGAUGCCUUGUUCAAUCAUAUAAAUAGCGUUAUUUUGUGCGUUUACUUUGUUCGGAAUCCUAUAGAUUUCUCGUAACCGUAACAGGGUGUCUUUGUCAGCGGUAAAUACCGAAUUAGUCGAGAUAUUUUGACGAUUUAACACCAUCAAAGCAUUCCUGGGUGUACUAGCUUCAUUUUGGUUUUGUCUACAGCCCGGUAAUGCUAUGAGCAAAGAAGAAAAGUCAUCACCCAGUCCUGGUGGCCAUGGACUCUUUGAUGCAACCAAUCACUUGCUUGGUCCACCCCCCAUCAGUGGGGACUCCACGUCAAGUCCAAGCCUUGUUUUCCCUCAUCUAGGCCAUCUACCUGCAUUUUCUCUGCUUUCCCCACCCCCGGGGUUCCCUCCUGCUGCCCUGUUCGGAUCACUAGGACUUGUUAACCCGCUUCACACCUUUGGCCAUGGCGCCAACCCAAUUACAGUUCCAGGGGUUGCAAACAACAAUUUUCCUUCAGGGGCCCUUGAGCGGCUCCUGGACACCGGCCACAGUGGCGCUGAAUGGUGGCGGUCGGCAUCUGAGCACGCCCGUCGACUGGCUGGUGGGACGGGGAUAGAGUAUUACGCCGGUAGCCUCGGAAAUAACCUGUCCCAGACGUUCACCACGCUCGAUGGGGGCCUUGAGCUCAGUCAGUCGGGGCUAGAGUUGCUCCUUAGGGCUCCAAAUGACCUAAACAGCAGUUCCCUCCUCUCUGGCGCCGUCAGACAAAUGGCUGAGCAUGCGGCGGCACUGGCAGCCCUGCAGUCUCAACACUCGAAGGCUGCCGUGAAGGUGUCGAGCCACUCCUAUCUCAACGGCAGCGCCCUGCACCUGGAGAAAUCGCCCAAACUCGUACAGAGGCGGAAACAGAAGUCGUCGAAGACGUCCUCCGCAUGUCUGGGGAAACCAUUGCCAUCACCUUCACAGUCACCAUCAUCAUCAUCGGCAUCUCAUGAACGUAACAUUUUGAAGAAGACACUGGAGAAUUCUGGGAAGCAUAACAACAACGGGACGAUCACACACGACAGCGACAGUCACCCCGACGUCAGCUCCAUCAGUUCGAGUCUCAGCGACGACAGCUCGGGAAACGACGACCAUGCUGGCAAGACGUCGACCAGCAUGACAGAGUUCGAGAAGAAAGCCGGUGCGCUUGCCCACCAGAUAGAUGGCUUGAAGAAGAAGUUACUCGCAGACCAGAUUCGGCACCGGAUGCAGUCGAAGACCGGAGGUAGUUCCGGUUCGUCCCCCGUGAUCACGACACCGUCACUGCAUAAUAAGAUGAGGGGACAUCGGGGGAAGCCGGCGAAAAGUUUAUCCUCGUCAAAUAAUUCACUUUUGCAUGAGUCAGAGCAGCAGAAAUACAGGCAGCAGGAGCUAAAAUUACAACUAGAAGCAGAAUUAAAACAACAACAACUCAAUUUGAAACUGAUGAGAAAGAAACAGAAGGAAAAAGCUGAGGUACAGCAGCGACUGGAGCAGCCAGUGGCCUCAACCUCAUCAACCUCAUCAACAAGUCAUUCAACAAGUCAUUCAACAAGUCAUUCGUUGAGUCCUACCUCGCUCAAACUUCACAUCAGUAAAUCACUCAUUCAGAAGCAUUUGAAUCAUGCUCAAGGGGAGGAAACUCCAAGUACUUCAAAAUCAAAUCAGAACUCUUCAGGUAGUGAAGAAGAUUCAGAAUCAGACUCAAACGAUGACGACUCGGCAAAUGAUUCUAAUGGCAGCAGCGAUUCUGAUGUAGAUAAAGACCAAUCUCAGAGUGAGGCUGGUAGCUCACUGUCACAUGACCAAGCCACUGUGGAAGGUGAUGCCCCGCCGAUCAAACGUCGCAAACUGGUGACCAAUGAGCAGGACUUGCGAAUUCCACUGGAGCAUGGCUGGCAGCGAACCACGACUAUUCACACGAUGGGAAGGCGUGGAAUCGUCGGGGAAGUCCUGUACACGGCACCCUGCGGGAAGAAGAUGAAAACCAUUCCAGAUGUCAUGAGGUAUUUGGCUCGUAACCAGAUUUCUGACCUGACCCGAGAUAACUUUACUUUCAACACGAAGGUGAAUGUUGGAGAGGUUUUUGAAAUGCGCCCAGGACAAACGACUCCUAUUCAACUGACCGAGUCUGAGAUUCUGGAACGUAUCGCCCUGUCGAAAGGAAAGCAGGGUCGCCGUGCACAGGCACACCGUCGUCAAGAGAAGGCCUUGAAACAGCAGCAGCUGGCCAAACAGUACAUGGAAAUGAAAAUGAAAAAGAGAAUAGAACAGCAGGACGAAGAAGAGCUGGCAAGAAAGGCUGCUGUGAUUAAAUUCCACAAACGGUUGGAAAAACAGAGACAGAAUGAAUUAAUCCAAAAGGCCAAAAAUUUAAAAGCACUGGAAAGGCAGAAGCAAAAAGAACAAAUAAAAAUGUUGAAGGAACAAGACCGAUACCGGCGACAGGAACAGUUACGGUUAGAAAAGGAAAUGAGAGCCCAACACGUUCUCGAGACGAAGAAGAGAAGGCAGGAAGAAAUCGAACACAUUCGCUAUGUUCAGACUUUGCAAAAAGCCAAGUCCAAUCUUCUUUGGUUCCACAUGGAAAGAGAGCGGGAAAUGAAACGUCAGCAUGCUAUUGUCUUGCGUGAACAGGAGCGAGAGAGACGCAGACAACAUAUCAUCCUCGUGAAGGCAUUAGAAGCACGGAAGAAGCAACAGGUCCGUGACAAGGUUCGCGAGGAGCGGAUGGCGGAGAGGAGACUGAGUAAGGAGAAGAAGAUGGAACAGAGGAGGAUGGAGAUGGAGCUAGCACGCGAGAUGAAGAGACCUGCCGAGGACUUGGAGCUAGAGGAUCUACAGCCAAUCCCGAUCUUCCCUCGUAUCCAUGGAAUCAAAAUGGAGGGCCAGGCAUUUUCAGACUGUCUUAUGGCGCUAGAGUUCAUGCACAAUUUUGUCGAUGCUCUUGGUCUCGACAAGGAUUCCAUUCCCACAAUGCACGUGCUACAGAACGGCCUGCUGAAUAUUAAUGAGGAGGACAUGGAAGAACUGAUGACCAUCUUCUCACAUCUUCUCCGAUUCGCUCUCGACGACCCGGGCGUCCCUAACCCUAAAGAGGCUAUCACCAAGCUGAACCAGAAGAUCACGGAUAUUGAGUUGACCGACUCCACUCUGUCGGACAUCUUACGGGUUUUCAUCAUCGUCCGCAGCGGUGGAAAGAACGAGAUGAGUGAGUGGCUGGAAUUCCUACCUCUGGAGGCACUGAAUGCAACAAAAAAAUCGGCUAUUUUAGCUUUCUUGUGUAACGAAUUGCUGUCGAGUCGCAUCCUGUCAGGAGAAAUUGAUAAGAAUAUAGAAAAAAUCAACAACCUGCGACGUGAUAAGUGGAUCGUGGAAGGAAAAAUAAGAAAACUGCGAAUCAUCCAAUCGAAACUGAAGUCUCCGAAGAAAGCGGACCGACCGUCGGUGACGUGUGACGACGACAGCAUGCAUGUGACCAACGUCUCCAUGGAGAGUAAACAUGGCAGCGAGGACGAUGAGGAGGACGAUGAUGAGAAAGAGGACGAAGAAAGUGGAAACGAGAGCGAUGUCACAAAUGCAACUGGCCCCGUGUCAGACGAGGAAGAGGAUAAAGGGUUAACCAUAGAAGAAUGUGACAAGAAGAUUGAAAAACUACAAAAGCAACAUGGAAUGUAUCGUAACAAAGUGUUUGACGCAUCUCACCGACUCCGCGGGAUAACGAUGGGCCAGGACAGAUACAAGAGGAGGUACUGGAUUCUCCCGGCAGCAGGAGGGGUGUACAUCGAGGGCUUUGAAUCGGCUCGGGAAGUUUACGACGAGGAUCCAGAAAAAGAUGAGAAAUCAGAGGAAAACACAACAGAAGAAAAACGUGAUGAUGAGGAAGUAAUGAAAGACGAUAAAGAAGAGAAUGAGUGUAAAGAUGAGCAAAUAGUGAAAACUGAGAAAAUGGAUGUUUCGAAAAGUGAGGACGAAAAUGAAGCGAAUAAAGAUUCGAUGGAGUUGAAAAAUGAACAUUCGGAUGAUUUGAAAAAUAAAAAUUUUGAUAUUUCAGAAAAUCUCAAUUCUGAUACUUUGAAAAAAGAAACUGAUGAUGAUAUUGUGAAAAAUGAAACGGAAGAUAUUUCAAAAAAUAAAAUGGAUAAUAUUUCGAAAAAAGAAACUUGUGAUGUUUCAAAAGUGGAACCAUUUGAUAUUUUGGUGAAGCUUGAAAACGAAAAUGUUAAAAAAGAAGAACUAGGUUUGGAAAAUAAAUUAUGGACACUGUUGAAAAAAGAAAACGAAGAGGAUGUAAAAAUGUCCAACGGGGAUAAUUCCGAACAGACGGUCGUCAACAUUUCGAACAGUGAAAAAGAAAAAAAUCUAAGCAAAAAUACGGAUGAAAUAACGAAAAAGACUGUGGUCGAAAGUAAUCUAUUCAUGCAUAGUCCUAACAUGAGUAAACUCAGUGAUUUGUUCCAAGUACCAAAGAGAAAAGACUUGCCUGAUGUUGCGAACGUUUUACAUUCUCCAACCAUAUCUAUUCCUUGUCCAUCUUCACCAUCGUCACCGCUGUUCGUCCACAGCACCCCUCUGACCUCGCCCACCACAGCCUCGCCGUCCAUCAAAACAGAGAGCAAGCACAACUUCACCAGCAUCGACUCGUUGCUCAAGAAGGAAACGAAAGAACAGACAAACUGUUUGAACAACAAUCACUUUCUGCCACUGAACGUGUUCCCGCCUUCACCCCUCGUCUCCGACCACUACGCCCAGAGUUACAAGGACAUUCUCGAACAGAAGCCGUGGUUCAGCAUUCUACCCAGAAUGCCUUGUGAUGAGAUGUCACUGACCCGCUCGCCCCACCCAAACGUCGCCUCCGCCGCCAGUUCCCUCUCGAACAGCUCAAUGUCGUUUUUUCCGUUUCUGCCAUAUCAGUCGCCAAGCUUUUCAUCAUUCCAGAUGGGUAACAACUCGAUAGAAAAUGCCACGUCAUCGGAUAUGUCUGGCAAUUUGGUCCCGUUCAAAGUGCCGCCGCCACCUUCAGAGAAAGCGAUGCCCAACUAUGAGGAGUGGGAGCCGGUGAGAACCGAACCGAUUCCUAUUCCAGAAGAAAAGUGUCACGGCUGGUGGCAGAUCAGUGAUGAGGAACAGCUGAGGAACAUGCUGAAGUGCCUACAUUCCCGUGGAAUCCGAGAGAAGUCGCUCUCCAAGAUGAUCCAGAAAUAUCUCGAAUACGCAGCUACGUGCAUUGCCAAAGGAUCCGAUAAAACAGUUCUAGGAUUUCCAAAACCUGUAGAGAAGAAACCCGCCAGUAAUGAAAAAGACAAAGAGAAGACAGACUCCAAGCCUGAUGAAAAGGUCGAAAACAAGGCCGACGAUAGUGCCGAGGUUACCAUGGAAACGCCGGCCCCGGAACCAGAACUGCCAUCGAAGUGGUAUCCGCAGGUUGCAUACGAAGUGGAGAUGUCGGCUCUCGAAGAGGUGGAAGCAUUGGAGGACAGGAUAUACCAGGCCAGCCUACAGGUGAAGGGCUGGAAGGUUCCCCCGAAGGCGACGGAGGACUCUAACCUGGAGUUAAUGAAGCGUGAAGACGACUCGCCGAGUCUGAAAGACAAUCAGCGAUACCCUCUGGAUGUGGCGCGGGACCGCCUGUCUCUGCUGGAAACUAACGUCGAGCGACGCUACCUCAAACCUCCUCUCACUAAAAGUAUUCCUCUGAAUCUCGCUAACAUCUCCGGCAGCGAGGGUCAUCCCGGUGUACCGGAGGAGGUUGACGACGAUGUGGAACAGGUCGUCGCCCCAGGCCUGUUGCUAUGGCGACAGGCAGUCGCGGCUUCGGUCUCGUCCGCCCAGCUCAUGUUGUGUGUUCUGCAGCUGAACAGUGCCAUCUCAUGGGAGAAAUCAAUCAUGAAAGUGAUCUGUCAGAUUUGUCGGAAGGAUGAUAAUGAGGCGGAGCUGUUGUUGUGCGAUGGUUGUGACAAGGGAUACCACACAUACUGCUUCAAGCCGAAGAUGGACAACAUUCCAGAUGGAGACUGGUACUGCUACGAGUGCGUCUCCAAGGCGAGCGGUGCCUCUCACUGCAUCGUGUGCGGCAAGAAGGUCGGCAAGAUCGUCGAGUGUGAACGGUGUCCGCGCGCCAUCCACAUUGACUGCCUUGAUCCUCCACUGCCGAGGUUACCAAAGAAAUGGUCAUGUGCUGCCUGUUUAAAUGGAAAGAAACCGAAACGACCAAGAAAGAAAGCUGAAGCUGAGAAAAGACAGCGGAAAGAUUCGGAGGCGAAAAGUUCCGAGUCUGGUCCUGCCGAGAAAAAGAAGAAAGAACCGACCACUCCAUCCAAAGACAAGGAGUCCAUAACAUACAGCAAACUGUUGAUAGAGAUGGAGAAACAUGACGCAGGAUGGCCGUUCCUCCACGCGGUCAACGUGAAGAAGUUCCCGUCGUACAAGAAAUACAUCACGACUCCGAUGGACCUGUCGGCAAUGAAGGCAAAACUCAGGGAUAACGCGUAUAAAGUGACGAGUGAUUUUGCCACCGAUGCGAGAAUAAUGUUCAACAACUGUGAAACGUUUAAUGAGGAUGAUUCGGAAGUAGGUCGCGCGGGACACACGCUCAGAAACUUUUUUGAGAAACGAUGGAAGGAACUGUUUGGUGAUGACAGAUAGUCGGACGAACGGAUGGACCACAUCAUAAAUCAUCAUGUGCAUUGUACAUUUGGAAGUCGUUCACACACAAAUCAAGUCGCCACAUCAUCACAUGAAGGAUGAGACAAAAUCAUUAUUCAGCACAUUUGUCAAUUCUGCUGCUGGUAUAUGGAAAUUAGUGUAUUCUUCGCAAACCCUUCAUCAAUAAAACAGAUUUACUUCCAAUUGGGGAGAGGGAUCAACAUUGUGUAUGUUGUGUGUAUGUGAUUGGGGUUUGUUGUGUGGGGUGUUUUUUUUCUUUUUUUUUUUUCUUUUUUUUUUUUUUUUUUUUUUUUUUUUUUUUUUUUUCCCUGGGUGUUAUUCUUUUCUGUUUUUUGUUUGUUUUUUUCUUCUUUUUGUAGCACACUACAAUUGUAAAGUGUUCUUCAGUUGUCCAUUAAACACAGUGGUUCACGAUAUUAUUUGAAAUAAGAACAGUGCAGUGAUAUUAGUGAUAGUUCAAGUGUUGUGAAACAGUAGGAAACGUUUAUAUUAUGAUUCUCUGUGCAAUUAAACUUUUUAGAAAGUUUUUUAAAUCCUUUUGGUAGAAAUCAUAUUGUGAAAGUUAUUGUGGAUGUUAUUUAAUGUUUAUUAAGAUGAAGCUUGCUCCUGUGAUUGAAUUUCUUGAGACUCAUGUCAGAAAAAACAUCUACAAAAGGACUCGUGCCAGAAACUAUUGGUCCGGUACUGGGAUUUGAACCCCACACCUGUUAGUUUUAAAUCAAGUAGCUUAACCAGAACAACAUUUUUUUUUUUUUUUUUUUUUUAAACUGUAAUGGUAACCAUGGUGAUUUGGGAACUGCAUUCUGAUGGGUCCCUUCUUGUCCAGUUGGUAAACAAUGUGAACAUUUGUAAAUCUUUUCAAGCCUGGGAUUUGUUAGCAAUGAACUGAUUUAAAAAAAACCAUAGCUAGCAACUGCUGGUCGACUUUUCUCAAUACUAUUUUGUAAACAGUGUGGGUUUUUUUUUUGAUAUAACAUUCAUAUCAUUACAUUUCCCCUGUCAUUAACAGCUGUUGUGUUUUUCAUGUGGGUUUUUUUUAAAGAUAUAUUCUGUGUUUGACGCAGUCUCAUUCCUCCAUUUUGUGUACAUGUAGGAAAAGAAUCGUACAAUUAACCCUUUUUGUCCUGCCUUUACGAAGUAAAAAAGGCGUUAUAUAGGUAUUACUUUUUUCCCUUUAAUUGUUAUUGAGAGAGAAGUCAGCGUAAUGUAGUAACAUUUCCCCAUUAAGCCAUUAAAACAGUCUGGGUUGCUGCCACUACCGGGAUACGAGCCCGGUACCUACCAGCUGAAAGCCCAAUGGCCUAACCAUUAUACAACUAAGGCCAGUACAUGUAUAGUCACUGGCAUAGUCUGGGGGCAGCCCCCCCCCCCCCCCCCCCCAAAAAAACCCCAAAUCACACCUCAUUUUCUUUCUUUUUGUCCCCCAGUACAAUUUAUAUUUGCUUGUCAGGUGCCCCCUCCCCGAAUGUAAAAAAUGCUGGCUAUACCAGUGGAUGUAUAGUGACAGAAAUAGAGAUGUGAUUGUCAAUUUGACCAGAUCUAUAACAAUGUCCUAUAGAGAUGUAGCGUGACAGUCUGGGUGUUAAGUAUUUAUAGAACGUGACAUUGAAGUAUUUAUAGAACGUGACAUUGAGGUAUUUAUAGAACGUGGCAUUCAUAUAUUUACAGCAGUUCCUUUUAAACUAGGUUGUGUGGGUUUACGAGCUGCCGAUAAUCCAGUGACCGUGAUAUUUAGACUGUGGAUUGUCGAACGUCGUUUGAAUUCAUGCAGUAUGUUUUUAUCAUGAAAAAUGAUAUCCUGCAAUAUGCAUUACAGAGAAAAGCUCUAAUAUUGAAGUAUAAUAGAAAAAACAAUGUGUGUAAAUUUUAAUUUACGAAUUAUGUCAGCUGAAAACGAAAAGCAUAAUAUUUAACCCUCCAUUCGCUCUUUAGUAAAAUACAAAUUGCAUAAUUUUCAAUUAUGAAGUUAAAUUUCUCGUUUUAAUCUUAAGAAGAUUGAACGAUAUAGCCAGAAUUUAUUGAACGAUGUAGCCAGAAUGUAUUUAUUUAUAUCAGCGUAUGAGAUGAUAAGAAAGGAUGUACGAAUGACCAAUGUUCAAAAGUGUGCGAUUUGUUUUUCAAGCUGUAACAUUUAGCAUACAUGGUAUUUUAGUAAAUAAUUGAUGCAUUUAUUUACAAGAAGAUGAGGGAGAUAAUGAAUGGUCGAAAUUUCGAUAAGCUAUAUAAUACAAUACAUAACAUUCAGAGAACACACAAAUUUGGAUAGCCAUUGCCUUUUUGAAUUGUAUAGCUAUUUUUAUGGUAUGUAGCCGUUCGCAAAAUGAUACCAAAAUUAUUGCCGAGAUGAAUUGUAUAAAGAGACAAUUCUGAAUUUGUAACAUGUUUCCAACUAACUGAACCUCAUUAAUGAUUAAAGUUGCAUUAUACAUUAUGUGCUAUCCUGUCUGUAGGAUGGUGCAUAUAAAAGAUCCCUUGCUAGUAAUGAAAUAAAUGUAGUGGCUUUCAUCAGUGUAUGUUGAAAAGGCUCCGUUAGUGAGAAACGCGUUAGCAAUGACAGCAAAUUCAGAACCGUCUCUUUAAUUUCAUACACGCAGUUUGAUACUUGUGCCUGAAAGCUGGACUGAAAGAUCUUGUUUAUUUAUAACUAUGAAUCUGUGGUUGUGUUGUGUGCUAUUUAUUAUUAUUAAUAUUCGGUGCCAAACUUCUUUGUUCAGCAAAUCUGAAACCUGUUCUUGAUUGUUCAGUUUGAGAAAACAAACCAAAAAAAAGUGUCAGUGCAAGAGGGAAUCAUGUUAACAUUAUUUAAAUUGUCUUGCAUAAUUAAGUACAGAAGAAUCUCGUCGGUUCAAACUCGAGAGGGUUGAAUACACCGCAACGCUCCAACUAAAAACAAAGUCCCGAGUUUUACUAACACUAAUGUUAACUGAAUUGUUAUGUCGAACUGCCCGACGGGUCGAACACUUCCUCAGGCACUGACGGGGUUCGAGCCAGCGGGAUUCAACUGUAUAUGCAAGAUGAAAAAAAAAAAGAGCCUUUUUAUUGAAUUAUAAAAUUUGUCUUUUACUUUUUGUGUUACAAAUGUCGGUUUGCAUUAAAACAAAAGCAUAACUUGUAUGAUUUUCAUUUUAAAGGAAGAUCACAUGUGAUGUUCCAAGAACAGAUGAGUUUGGCACCGAAAACUGAAGUAUGUCCAUGUGCUGUACAUUUGCCUAGUAAUAAAUUUUAUUGUUAGCUGCAUAUUUACCACAAAGAGGAAAACGAGUUUAUGCGUUUUCGUCAAGAUUUUUCAUGAAUCAUUCAGCGCUCAUAUAAUGAGACCAUUACCCAGCUGAAAACAUUAGUAUUGUCAUCCAUUGUUGGCUGUAUUUUUAUUUUGAAUAUGUUCGUCUUUAUACAAAACCUCCAAGACAGAUUUACAUUUCCCGGUACUUUACAUCAGUCAUUUCGAUGACUUCGGUAACAUUUACAUUAUUUCAUAUACUGUUACAUGUAGACUGGGUUAAAAUUAAUCUACAAUGUACAUGAAGACAUUUUUUUUUCUUUUAAAGAAGUCCAUAAAGAAAGCAUGUACAUGGCUUUUCAUCACUGCUAUUUACAUGUAUGCCCCUUUAAAAAAAUAUACAGUUGAAUCUGUUUAUAAUGUCCACACAAAGGACAUGGUAAAAGUGGUCAUUAUGGACAAGUGGCUGUUAUGUACAAUUAAUAAAAACACAUGUUUACAUAUUGUGGCUGUUUUGGCAAGUUCAGCUGGCCACUUUGGACCCCCCAAAAAUGGUGGUCAUUUAUAUCUCGUGGUGGUUAUGGCAGGUUCAAACAUUCAUUUUGGUCAUAACAGGUGGCUGUUAUAUACAGGUAAAAUAAAGAAAAAAUGCAUUGAUCUGUAUUGAUGGUGGUUGUGUUAAGACAGGUGGUGGUUAUACACAGGUGGUCGUUGGACCAGUCUUGACCGUACCUUUAAAAGUGGGGGUGGGGGGAAUGUGCAGUAGUGAAUAUAACCAAUUAUGAUUGACGGCCUUCUAAAUUUUAAUUUACAUGCGUUUAAAUCGGAUUGGUAAAGCGAACAUUUACUUUGACCCAUCAAUCUUGGGGUGUGGAGGUUUGUGUAAAGUUGUCCAGUUGAAUGUCCGUAAAGUUUGAAUGUUCAUGUCAUUUCGUUUGUAUGAUGGUGCAUAAUAUUCUCUUCUGUUUUUCUCUUUUUGUCAUUUGACGGCUGUUGUUGAUGUUCUAGCAGGUACAUCUCAAUCUUAAUGUUCCACUGAAUAGACGAUGGACCAUGUUUCUUCUUUUUGUAUAAAUCGAUUGUACAUUUACACAUUUAAUAAAGGUGUUUAAAGUUA